AUGUCCUCAACAAACGGUUCACCAACAACUACAUCAAUGCGGACCUCUCCAGCACGCGGAACGGACGCGUCCACCAAACCUCGUCCCAAGCUCCUAGCAGCUCUGCGGAAACGGACCUCGGAUUCUUCAGAAAGUGAGGCCGAAUCCGACAAUGGGAGCUCAACAUCUGAAGAUGAAGCGCCCAUCACCAAGCCUGCCGAGAAGGCCAGCGCGAAGCCCCUUACAAUGUCAAGGUUACAAAUCGACGAUAAUGAGACAAACGAAGACGAGAGCGAUGGAGAGGAUGCAUAUGAACUCAUGAAAAAGCGACUUGCUGCCAGCAAAACUUCAGCGUCGGUCCAGCUGGCACCACAAGAAGCACCACCAGAAACACCAAUCGUAGCUACCAUUGAAAGUAGUGAGGAUGAGGAUGAGAUGCCCGUGCGUGCAAAUGUGCGCAAACCCAUCGCUGAAAGAACAAAUACUGUUAGCCCCCGUGCUUCCCCAUCGCCUGGCAUGCGGUCACGGCGAUCAUCGCCAGGUCUGUUCGUCACUCCUGGCCCCUCACCAGCGAAGAAGCAGCCUCGACGAUCAGCGGAUGCAGGCUCCGAAUCAGAUGAAUCAUCGCGGUCCACACACGAUGCCGACCUUCAAGAGCGAGUACGACGCAUUCGAGAGGAAAGGCUGGCGAAACAACGGGAGGAAGAAGCGGGGCAAGUAAAGCCGAAGAAGACUGCGCGGCGUCAAGAGGAUGAAGACAGUCACUCUGAUGGCGAGAAUAGCCGGCGGCUUACCCAACAUGCUAAGCCAACUCGAAGAGCAGGCAAGAAAGCUAUGGAGGCAAUGGCUCGCGAUCAGCAGCGCAUAAGCCGAAACAUGCAGCUUACCCACCAAGCCAAGACUAAGAAACGUUUCACGACACAGGAUUUGUUCAAAAAGUUCAAUUAUAAUGCGCCCAACGCCGAACCAAUAGCACUCCCGACACCAGAGCCGAGUUCGGCGCUCGCUUCAUCUGAUGCAGAGGCAAAUCAGAUCCGCGACACUCCUCCAGCAAGCCCACCCAGAGAAGAAGCCGCCCUACAAACAAUGACGGCAUCUGUGGAUCAACAAACACUCAUUGCACCACCCGACAACCAAGAUCAUGCUAAAGUUGACAAGGGCAAAGGAAGAGCUCCCGAGUUCCAACAUUUGCCCGCGCAUCCUUGGAUGAAACAAACAGAGCCGGUCAUGGUACAGAAUGCCAGGGUGGACAUGAAAAAUACUUCUGAAGAUGCCAUGGUAGAACUCUCUGAUUCGGACGAUGAGCCACGGGUAGAACAGCCGAAGAGCAGGUUUCCUGUCUUUGACCGCCUGCCUACAAAGAAGCAGGAUAAUGUUGGGACCCAUGUAACACUCCGUGCCCUUGCUCAAAUCUCAAAGUCUCCACAAAGAAGCAAGAAGGGGCAAAAGUCGGUCACUCGUGCUGAAAUGGAGUUGUCAUUGGCGCUCAAAGCUCGUCAGCAAACUGCAAGAGCGCGAGAAGAGAGGAUCGCCGACCUUGUCAAGCGAGGCCUCAAACCUGAAACCGAUGAGGAGAGGGAGAAGCGCCAGGUUGAGAUCGACGACAUGGUGGCGCUGCUCGAGAAGCAGAGACAGGAAGACCUUGAGCUUGCCAAGAUGGAGAGGAAAGAAGCCAAGAAGAACGGCGAAACCAUAGAUGACCUCCCCUCUAGUGAUGAGGAAGAUGGCGACUAUGUCGCCAGUGGGGAUGAAGAUGCAGCCCAAGGGGAGGACGAGAACCAAGAAGAUGCUGAAGUUGAGCUUUCAGGUUCCGAGGACGAAGACCUCGCAGAUGCCGACGAUGGUGAAGCAACCGAGGUAGAUGAGGCCAAUGACCUCAUCGAUGGCAUGGCUGAUGAAGACCAUGCUGACGAGGACGUCGACAUGGAGGACGAUCAGAUCGAUAUACCUGUCCGAAGGCAGACUGUUAACCGAGCUCGCAAACGAGUCAUCGACGAUGAUGAUGAGAGCGAUGCAGAGGCACCAAAGCAGGCUACACCCACUCAACCAGCUACGCCAACGGAUGCGAUGGCUGCCUUUGGCUUCGGGAAAACCGACGCCGGGCUAGGCCUGACCCAAAUGUUUGCAGGCACAAUGGCCGAACUCGAGGCUGGUUCGCAACCUGUAGGCGCCGUUGACACUGAGCAAGAUUCUCUGGCCUUUUUGCGAAAUCUACCAGAAACUCAGCCUGGCCCGAACUUCAGCCAAGCUUCAGACUUUUUGGUUCCCAACAGCCAGUCCUUGAUGUCACCACAGAAGCCUUCGCAUGCGGUUGUCGAAUCUCAGUUCAGCCUGGGCAUUGACCAGCUAGCCAAGAGCCCACCUGCCCUCCCCAGCACACAAGUUGAGGACUUUGAACCGACUCAAGAUGCAGGCUUUUCCUUCUCUCGUUCUCCUGUUGGUCUUGCUCCGCCACCGUCGACAAUUGACACUGUUAUGAUGCCUAUUGCCGAAUCACCCAUCAAGCAGAAAAAGGGCAGGCUUCAACGCGGGCGACGUGAGGAGGCUGUUGAGCUUUCUGAUGUUGAAGAAGAUCUCAUUGCUACCGAAGAGGAUGAGAGUGAAGACGACAUUCAGCGCCCUCCCAAGCCUAGCAAACAUGCUUUCAUGAAGAUGCAACAGGCAGUCAAGAAGGCGAAGGUUGUGGAAGAAUUCAACAAGAAGAAAAGCAUGGCUAGAGAGGCUGUCAUGGAGCAGGCUGAGGAGUCUGAAGAUGAGUAUGCUGGUCUUGGAGGAGCUAGUGAUGAUGAAGAGAGUGAGGAAGAUGAAGAGCUGAAGGAAAUGAUUGACCACGACGAUGUCAAGGUUGAUGAGCGCCAGAUUGCCGCCUUCUAUGCCGACAAAACGAAAAAGGACGACGAGAAGCAACUCGCUGAGCUUUACAAGAAGAUGAAAAGUAAGGGUGGUCUGCGCAGAAAUGGCGGCUAUGAUGGCUUCGACAUGUCCGAUUCUGAAGACGAAGCCGAGUUGCGCCAGCGCAAGAAGCGUGCGGAUUUCCAGAAGCAAACCAAUGCACUUUUGCAAGACCAAAAGGUCAAGGCACUUGCAGACGACGAGAAGAAGAAGGCUUUCUUCAACACACUGGCCGACUUUGCCGACGAGGAUGAGUACGACUACCUCAACAUGCCUGAAAAGGAAACAGACAUGGACAUGUCAGACUCGCAGUCACAGUCACAAAACCAAAGCAACGACAUUCCCAUCCCAGACUCACAAGUCGGUGAUUCGCAAAACCUUUCCGCUCCAAACAGUCCAUUCAAGCGCAAGUCUACAGACUUGCAAAAGGAGAACCGCCCCCCUCCACACAUGCGCCCCACCGCCGCAUUAGACACUUUAGCUCGCAAACCGAUGACAGUCGACGACGUCAAGCACUCGAUUUCCGAGCUCAUCGAAGACCCACGUAUCGUAAUCCCAGACUCGCAACUUUCUGACGCGGAAGACGAUGACAACGACGAUGACUUGCAGACAUCACGUACAACAGCGCGCAAACCCAUCAUCGACCGUCUAUCCCUAAGCCGACAGUCCACAGUUGAGGAGUCCGUCUCCGCAAAUAGCACAGCACUAGCUUUCCACGCACCUUCACGCAGCUCCGCUGGCACACCCGGUUUCCGCGUUCCCUCACUCAUUCGACAGGCGACUAGUAAUUUGUCUAUCAGUAGUGAGCGGUCUGCGUCGAGUAAUAGCAGUAACAGUGCGAACAAGGAAAGCAGUGUCAGACGUGGCGGCACGGGUCGUAGCAAUAUCCACGCGCAGGCUAGGGAGGCGGAGCGAAGGGCGUUGCUGGAGAAGAAGGAGGGGAAGAGGAAGGAGGCGUUGCGGAAGAAGGUGGAGGGUGGGAGGAAGAAGGGGGUGAGGAGUGUGCUUAGUGAUCUUGGGGGCGCGUUUGAAUAG